UUUGAAGGAAAGAAUUUUUUUUCUUAGCUAAUACUGGAAAUUAAAUUAAACAACUGAGAUGGGGAAGGUUCUUUUUUCUAUUGUUGCAGUUGCUGCAUCCUUUGUUUUUGUGGAGUCCUUGACCUGCAACGGGUGCUCCUUUGCUUUGGGGCACACCUGCAUGAUCCAGAGUAACGAUAUAUGCUCAGCCAAUGUGACCGACUGUUACACUGCAUCAACUGCUUUUGCCAUUUCCUCCUUCAAUAUUAUCAAGCUGGGCUGUGCACUGGAUGCUUCAGGCUGUAAUUCAACUACCAAUGGCACUCUGCUGGGCAUUGAUUAUACCUACGAUGUAACCUGUUGUGCUGCAGACUUUUGCAACACCCUCAAUCUCAACAGUGCACCAAUGACCAAGAUGACCUCCACUACUGCCCUCUGUGCAACCAUCCUGGCCUCUCUGUGGGGAGGCAGUUUUUAAUGAAAUUACAAAAUCGACCUGCUGGUUAUUUUUAAAUUCAUAUGCACUGUAAAUUGUAUAAUUUAAAAAUGUUUCUAGAUCAGAGGUCUGCAACACUUUUGGCUCCAGAGCCGCAAAUAUAAAAGAACCAGCUAAUAGUUUUAAUAUAGUUUGAUACAGAUACCAGUCAUAGAAGA